AUGGAGCCCACCGUGGCUGACUUACAGCUCAUGCCCAGGACAACCAAAGAAGUCGCCGCUCCGGAUGCCGCGUGCUGUCGAGUGGCCGUCACCGCAGUAGUGGCCACCUGUGUGGUGGUCCUCACCCUGGGAGUCCUUUGGGCCCUCCUCUCUACACAGGGCGUCCGCGUGGAACACACGGCCGAGCUGCAAGGGGUCCGCUAUGCCAGCAGCUUGCAGCAGGUGACCUCGGACUACUACCGCACGCUGACGCCCGCUCUGGAGACGCUGUUUGUAAGCAGCUUUCGGAAGACAGAGUUAGAGGCAAGCUGCGUGGACUGCACGGUGCUAAGUUACAGGGAUGCGAACUCCAGCGUGCUGGUGCGGUUCCAGUUGCGCUUCCUGCUGCGAGCCCUCCAGCUGCUGCGCCUGGGCCUGGAGGAGGAGCUCUUGCAGAAGGGGAUUCGGGCAAGGCUACGGGAAGGCGGCAUCCCCCUGGCUGCCUACGGCACCAUCCUGUCGGCCGAGCUCACGGGGAUCCAUAAGGGACAGUUGACAGAAAGAGACUUAAAGUCAGGCCGCUGUCCAGGGAACUCCUUUUCCUGCGGGAAUAGCCAGUGUGUGACCAAAGCGAACCCGGAGUGUGACGACAGAGUCGACUGCUCCGAUGGAUCUGAUGAGGUGCACUGUGAGUGCGGCGCGCGGCCCGCCUGGAGCUCGGCCGGCAGGAUCGUGGGCGGCCUGGACGCGUCCCCGGGCGAGUUUCCUUGGCAAGUCAGCCUUCGCGAGAACAGAGAGCACUUCUGCGGGGCCACUGUCGUCGGCGCCAGGUGGCUGGUGUCUGCCGCCCACUGCUUCAGCGAAUUCCAAGACCUGACGGAGUGGGUGGCCUACGUGGGCACAACCUACCUCACUGGCUUGGAGGCCAGCACCGUGCGGGCCCGGGUGGCCCAGGUCAUCAAGCACCCGUUCUACAACUCGGACACGGCCGACUUCGACGUGGCAGUGCUGGAGCUGGCCAGCCCCCUGCCUUUUGGCAGGUACAUCCAGCCCGCGUGCCUCCCGGCCACCACGCACAUCUUCCCGCCCGGCAAGAAGUGUCUGAUCUCGGGCUGGGGCUACCUCAAGGAGGACUUCCUGGUGAAGCCAGAGGUGCUGCAGAAAGCCACCGUGGAGCUGCUGGAUCAGGACCUGUGUGCCGACCUGUAUGGCCACUCACUCACAGACAGGAUGGUGUGUGCUGGCUACCUGGAUGGGAAGGUGGACUCUUGCCAGGGUGACUCAGGAGGCCCCCUGGUCUGUGAGGAGCCCUCCGGCAGGUUCUUUCUGGCUGGCAUUGUGAGCUGGGGAAUUGGUUGUGCAGAAGCCCGGCGUCCAGGGGUCUAUGCUCGGGUCACCAGGCUGCGUGACUGGAUCCUGGAGGUGACCACCACAGCAGGCACACCUCUGGCCCCCACCAUGGCUCCUCCCCCCACCACCCGCAGCACUGCCUGGCCCACCAACCCCGAGAGCCCUGCAGUCAACACCCCCACCAAACCCACGCUGGCCCCCAGCACUGCGCCUCUUGACUUGGUCACCGCUCCUAAGCCACAAGAGUGUGGGGCCAGACCCGCGAUGGAGAAGCCCACCCGGAUUGUGGGCGGGUUUGGAGCCGCCUCGGGGGAGGUGCCCUGGCAGGUCAGCCUGAAGGAAGGUUCCCGGCACUUCUGUGGAGCCACCGUGGUGGGUGACCGCUGGCUGCUGUCUGCCGCCCACUGCUUCAACCACACAAAGGUGGAGCAGGUCCGGGCCCAGCUGGGCACCGUGUCCCUCCUGGGCGCUGGUGGGAGCCCGGUGAAGAUGGGGCUCCGCAGGGUGGUCCUGCACCCCCUCUACAACCCCGGCAUCCUGGACUUCGACGUGGCCGUCCUGGAGCUGGCCAGCCCCCUGGUCUUCAACAAGUACAUCCAGCCCGUCUGCCUCCCUCUGGCCAUCCAGAAAUUCCCCGUGGGCCGGAAGUGCAUGAUCUCUGGAUGGGGUAACACGGAGGAGGGAAAUGCUACCAAGCCUGAUGUCCUGCAGAAGGCGUCCGUGGGCAUCAUAGACCAGAAGAUGUGCAGUGCGCUCUACAACUUCUCCCUCACAGACCGCAUGAUCUGUGCGGGGUUUCUGGAAGGCAAAGUCGAUUCCUGCCAGGGUGACUCUGGGGGCCCCCUGGCCUGCGAGGAGACCCCUGGUGUGUUUUAUCUGGCCGGGAUUGUGAGCUGGGGGGUUGGCUGUGCUCAGGCCAAGAAACCCGGCGUGUACACACGAAUUACCAGGCUGAAGGGCUGGAUCCUGGAGACCAUGUCCUCAGACCCCCUCCCCACACCUCCCCCCUUGACCACAAGGACACCGGCCACCACCACCAGCCAUCCCCUCAGGACGAUGGCUGGUCUCACAGUCCCAGGGGUCACCACCAGCCGACACACCCCUGGGUCCACCAGCAGGUCGACUGGCCAACCUGCUAACACGACCUUAUCUGCCAUAAGCACCACUGCUAGGGGCCAGACGCCACUUCCAGACACCCGGGAGCCUACCACGCAUUCCCAGCUACCAGACUGCGGCCUGGCGCCCGCGGCGGCGCUGACCAGGAUCGUGGGCGGCAGCGCUGCGGGCCGCGGGGAGUGGCCGUGGCAGGUGAGCCUGUGGCUGCGGCGCCGGGAACACCGCUGCGGGGCCGUGCUGGUGGCCGAGAGGUGGCUGCUGUCGGCGGCGCACUGCUUCGACGUCUACGGGGACCCCAAGCAGUGGGCGGCCUUCCUGGGCACGCCGUUCCUGAGCGGCGCCGAGGGGCAGCUGGAGCGCGUGGCGCGCAUCUACAGGCACCCGUUCUACAACCUCUACACGCUCGACUACGACGUGGCGCUGCUCGAGCUGGCAGGGCCCGUGCGCCGCAGCCGCCUGGUGCGGCCCAUCUGCCUGCCCGAGCCCGGGCCGCGGGCCCCCGACGGCGCGCGCUGCGUCAUCACCGGCUGGGGCUCGGUGCGCGAGGGAGGCUCGAUGUCGCGGCAGCUGCAGAAGGCGGCCGUGCACGUCCUCAGCGAGCAGACAUGCCGCCACUUCUACCCGGUGCAGAUCAGCAGCCGCAUGCUGUGCGCUGGCUUCCCGCAGGGCGGCGUGGACAGCUGCUCGGGCGACGCUGGGGGACCCCUGGCCUGCAGGGAGGCCUCUGGCCGGUGGGUGCUAACUGGGGUCACCAGCUGGGGCUACGGCUGUGGCAGACCCCACUUCCCAGGCGUCUAUACCCGCGUGGCGGCCGUGAGAGGCUGGAUAGGGCAGAACAUCCAGGAGUAA